GUCAUGGUUUGUGAUUUUUGAUUGGUGGAUUUCGAUGCCUUUUGUGUGUUUUUGUGUUUCAGGAUUCAUUUUUUGUGAUCGUUUUAUGAUUGACGGCAGCAAAAAAUACAAUAAUUGUGAAGGCCUGCGGCUUUUGGACUUCAGAGUUCACACGUUUUUGAAAAGCACAGUAACCAUCAACUUUUCAAGGUAUUUCAAGUCUCUCUAUUUCAGCUGAUCUUCAAAGACUUUUGGCUCCUGAGGAAUCUCUUAACUGGAACAACCACAGGCCACGUUCUCAAAAUCACUCUCUCUGAACAUUAAAAGACCUUACAACUUUCUUUAUCUUAAAAUAUUUCAAACUUUUAAAUGUGAAAGGCCAAGGUAAAAGUUAGUAUUUACUUCAUUUCUUGGACUAAAUUUUCACUAAACAACCAUCACUCAUCAAAAACCCUAAAAUUUAGCCGUCAACUGUCAAAAUUGGAUAAAAAUAACCAUCAAACUUCAAAGCUACUACCCCAUUGAGACCCUCACAGUUAUUGCUCAUUAUUGAUCUUAAAAAAAUUCUGUUAUCCCUCUACAGGCUGUUGUGUCCACAACAUAUCAUUUCUGGGAUUGUAUGAAGCAAGAAAAUUAAUACUGCAGGCAUUGUCAGUAGUCCCUGCAUACAGCAUUGUGCAAAGUAUGUGGAGAAUUAGUUCAGUAUUCUCACUAAGAAACUUGCAACACACCAUAAAAAGAAGCAACCUUAACACUGUAAGACUAUACCAUGCAGAAAAAGGCUGCUUUGGAUAUAGACCCUCCUUACAGGUCACGGAUAGAGGUAAGUGUACAUGUAUGCAUGUGUAUAGAUUACAGGACAUAAUCAUAACUAUAACAAAAUUCUCAAAUCUGAUUGGCUAUCAACUGUCCUGACUUCAGUCUUAAUAGGACAGUUUAAUAGGAUAGUACGCAUCAUCACGCACGCCCUUAAAUGGCUCUUUUUUUCACUACUACCAAAAAAAAAUUGGAAUUUCUUGUGUUUUGAUUUAAAAAAGAACCUUUUCACAAAAAUUGUGUUUAAGUUAUGAUUAAUUGGUGACAGAACUUCGCGUCGUCCAAUUCGGUCUGUAAUCAUACUCAUGAUAAACAAAUCGGACUCCUGCUAUGCAGACGUCCAAUUUUGUUAAUCACUCAUAUGAUUACAGACCAAAUUGGACUCCACUCUGUCCUGCUAAUUCAAGAAUGCAGAAAAAUGUACCGGGGUCAAAUUUUAAAAAAAUCAUGGCUUACAGGUAGCCUUGUCCUAUUUGUCAAAUGCAAAUUAUUGUGCAAUCAAAAAUGACAUUUGAAGGUCAGCUGAAAACCUGAAAAAAAAUGAGAUUUAAGUUAUGGAUGCACACGCCUUCCUUGAGGUAACAAUGCUUUUAUAUAAUAUAUAACUUAUAGGUAGUGAAGAAGCCGUACAAAACAGAAUAAAAAAUGCUGAUAUUUUAAGACUGGUGACUGCUUAUAGAGAACAUGGAUACAAAAAUGCUGAUAUAGACCCAUUAAACACGCUAAAAAGGUGAGUUUUUUUGCUUGAUGUUGUAAACUGGUUAAUUUGCCCGCAAACAAUUUUUUCUUAACCUGACAUAUUGAGGUUAUUAAUUUUGGCACUAUUUUCGACAUAUAGGGAUUCUAAAGAGCUUUCUUUGGAACGAUUUGGUUUGGAUAAUGUUGAUGUUAACAAGACUUUCAAAUUAUCAGGUACAUGUACUGGCAUAAGGGAAUUUUAUUGUAAUAUCUUUAAUACUCUACUCCUUUGAAGGGCCUCCAAUGAUUUUUCUCAUAUUUGCCAGCAGCUAAUCCAUCAGCUUGCCAAUAUGUUAAUUGUGCCACUAGACUUCAAGUUUUGCGACCUGAAACAUGUUAUCUUAUCGGCUGAUAAUUAUUGUUACAUAUGUUCAUGUAUAGACACUUUGAAAAUUAAAUUAGCAUUAAUUAAAAGUAAGUAUAUUUUGAGAUAAACAUUGUUACUUAUUUAUUAACUAGUAAGUAGUUAGUAGAAUUACUUGUAACUUUAAUCUUGAGACUGAGAAAGGCUCAAAAGUAUACAUGACUGUAACAAUGUUCUACUUUCUAAAACAACCAUUUUCCUUCAGUGCUUUUCCUGUACCUUAUAACUUUCUCACUGGCCAUUCCUGCAACAAUUGUGGUACAUUUACAUGUAUGUCAGACAAUUUUCAUGUGUCCACCCUGCUCAGACACGUUUUCAUUGCAAUGGAUGAUAACACAUGAAAAUUGUGGACAAAUGGUUUGCUUCUACAGACGUUGGGGCUGACACCCCCAUUGUUUAUUUUGGGAAUCAUGAUUCUUGAUCCCACUUGCUUUGACUAUGAGUUCUUUGCUUGCCUUAAUUCUUGAUUUGUUUUGUAGGUUUGUUAAACUGUAAUGGACUGGAAGAAGCCUCUCUCACAGAAAUUCUUCCACACUUAGAAAGAGCCUACUGUGGACAGUUGUCAGUUGAGAUACAGCACAUUGUGGUAUGAAAAGAAAAACACUGUCAAUCAUCAAAUUACAAUGCAUUGUACAGAGUGACAUGUUAGUGGCAGAUUAAAACUCAGCUACAUCCUUGUUGGACACUAAACCCAUGUGAAAGGUUCCCUUUUAGUACACAAUGAGAGGUGUAGCCCUUUGACAGAUUCUCAGUGCUCGUGACUAGAGGCUUUCCACUCUCUUAAGGGAAAUGGUUACGGUUUACCAUUCUCUAUUGAAUGAACAUAACUCCUUAUUGGAAGUGUUACUUGUAUGCUGUGUAGUCAUGUUUCACAUUUUGCCUGGGCAUGUCAUAAAUAUCAGACUUAUGAUCUGAAAUCUUUAGGUCUGAGCCUUGCCAUCAAGUUCUUUUCAUUGGAAAAGAAACUUUGUUCCACGUUUAUUGCUGGAUACUGUUGGAGGGAACCUGGCAAUGGGGACUAGAAAUCCAUUCGGGUAGCCUCCCACGCAGGCGUUUUUAGGGAAGCACGUAUUUCUUCCCUUCCCACAAAUGCCUGCUCAACCGUUGGAGAACAACAUUCCUUUUUCAAUCUUAGCUAAUCACAUUGUACCUUCCAAAUUCUGGAAGGUUGACCUUGACCGCAGGGUUACCCCCAUAAUUACUCGAUCUGCAUGAAACAAUGGGAAAGCUUAAUGACCUCUUAAUACAUGUUAGACUCAGAAUGGCAAAAGUAACAUUUAGUCAGAUUUUAGAAUACAUGAUUGUACUCAGUGUGCUGUAUAACCUUAGCAAAGGAAAGAAAAGAAGGAAAAAGGUAAAUCUAGGGUCUCAUUUUCACACUAUCACAAGCGUAUCACUUUUGUUUAGCCUGUCAUGAUCAACACUUUAUUUCAAAACUGUUCAUUGGUCACAUACCAUGUGAAUAAAACAGUGGGAAAGGAAUGUUGUUCCCGGUUGAGCAGGCGCUUGUAGAAGGGACGAAAUACAAGCUGCCCUAACAGCGACUGCGUGGAAUGCGACCAUCCAUGGGGCUGUAGCGUAGUGUGCUCCAGCCAUUUGAGUCCUAAUAGAGUGUUUUCACAUGACAUCACGGCGGCCAUAUUGGUGUCCCAAAACAAUGAAACGGCGGCCAUGUUGGUGUCCCAAACCAGUCCUCUGGGAGUUGAACUUGUUUCUUAUGCAAACGCUUUCUUUUGUUCCAAUAAAUUUGCAUAUAUGCUUGCCAAGUGAGUGAAAAACACUCUAUAGUUUGUAGUGUACGUUUAAAUAUACCUCAUGGGACAUUAAAUUUUGCCAUGAAAGGUUUUCCUGUGUCCGUCAUGGAAGUUGUCUACUAAUUGGCCUGUUGUAGAUGCGUCCAUAUUUUUUUGGUACGUCUUUCUGUACGCAAAGGUGUCCCAUUUUGGGAAAUGUUUCUAAACAUGGAUGUCUACUCUUUUAUGAGUUUGGUCCUUAUACAAGUGUGUCCUUUUCAAGGCAUUGUCCCCAAGGGGGGAGGGGGGUACUUGGGUAUGUGCUGCUGGCCUCUCAGAGCCCCUCCUCCAUCCAUUAAAGUCUAUUAUGUGGCCAAUUAUAGACCCCAUCUAAUAAUAGUCACUUUUGAGCAAAUAUGUAAUUUUCGCGAUCCCAACUUAGUCACUUUCUAUUUUGAUGAAUUGACCCAUUUUUUAGAUUGAAUAAAGAACACUUUACUUUUCGUCUGCAGUAGAAACAUUCUGGUACGUUUGCUAACCGAAAAAAUGAAGAGCCGUCUUACCCCAAAAAUUCCGAAAAUGUGCGACCCCAUUCUAGUAACUCUAUUAAAAAUGGGUUCCUAUUGUAGUCAAUCCAGCAGUGAAAAUGCGACACCAUUCAGCGGCACAUCCCCAAUAGCCUCUUAUAAGGAAGGCCCCCGGGAAAUUGUCUCCCUAUAAAAUGAGAAUGUGUUUCUGAUGUUGUGGGGGGAUGUAAAAUUUUAUCCAUGCCAAUGAUUUUUUUCCCUUAGAAAGGACAUCUGUUCCACCAGCUCAUUGUUUUAGUCGAACGAACCAGAAAAGUUGUCAAACAUCAUACAUAAAAUAAUGUUGCCUUCAAGCGAAAAUCUUAUGCCUUGACCUCUAUGUUUUCAGGAUGAAUCAGAAAGGCUAUGGCUUGCAGGGUUGAUUGAAGAAAGUGUUCACUGGACAUUAGAAGCAGAUAGACAGGCACACCUUGCUAAACUCUUAUUAAGGUCUCAGGUGGGUACGAUAACCGGUCAAGUCGCCCGAAAGAAGAGUUAAGAGCGGUCCGGUCAAUUUUGCUUGAGACACAGAUUUAGCUCAUUUCUUGUGUGUUGUAAGACAUUCAUGUACCUAUACUAAAACCACAAUCCGUUUGAUCGGAUCUCUUUAUUUUUCAGAGUUUUACGGAAAUUAAAUUUCACUCGAGCGAAGGCCUGUCGUGACACUUUUCGAGACUUUAAUUUGAGACAACUUUGGGGGACAAUUUACAAAAAAGUACGGGACUCAGCGAAAAUAAAAUACCACAGACAUGUAUAUUAACUUUAUCUUAUCCAUCGAGGCGACUUUCGUGAACAUCACGUUUCAAUCAAGCAAACAGGAAGACUUGAACGACACCUUAUCGGUUCGCUUAAGUCACACACGCGAAAACCGAUCAAAUUCAAGGUACAUUUUGGAAAAAGUGAGGCGUUCUUAACUGAUCCAACUAAAUGGCUAGGAAGUAGGUGCCAUAGAAAAGGUAACUACAGAAAAAAACUUUGCGGCCCGACCUUUACUAAAACUUUAUAACUCCGUGAACUUACCUAAUUUUCGACGAUCUCCAAGUUUUGCAGCCAUUUUGAAGGACUUGUCAACAUGAAGCGUAGCAGAUAUAAAUCGAGCAGGUAGAUCUAAAACCGUCAGAAAUACAUACCAAAGCAUUCAAAUGAACUUCACUUUCAAUUCAAGGGACAAAAUUUGAAAUUGUUCGUUAAACCUACCACUCCUACAUCCCCAUUCUAGCAUUUCUUCCAAAAAUUCACUGGCACUACAACUAGUGUUCGAAUUUCCCUCGUCGAUUCCACCGUAAGAAAUAACCUGUGCCACUCAAGCUUCGACUCGAAUGUGAAGUACGAAUCAAACAACAUAACUGCGUCAUCUUCGAGGCCAUAUCACGCUGGUAUUUUGAUUUUCUGAUCGACAAGAACGGUGAUCAGGAAGUGAUCGCCAUGUUUACCUCAUAAACGUGACCGCUGACCAGCCGCUGAGUGAAAACAGUACGGCGCGGGGUGGGGUGGAGGACUUUUCGCCAUAAGAUAUUCGAAUACAUGCUAAAAAAGCUUUAGGAGUCUCAGUCUAAACAGUGAAGGUAUGCUUCGUGGUACAGACAACUUUUAUUUUAUUCUCAUAACUUUUUCUUUUAAAUUGGAACUGGUAUUAAUUACUAGAGUUAUUUAAAUAUUUUUAACCGAGGUACCCAUAUGACCUUUUUGCUUGUCCUCAGUGGUAUAAAAUAAGGUGUCUUUUCUUCCAGAACCUUUUAUUUAUGCGUUAUUUGCACAGAAUAAACACUAUACGUAGAAGGUUUGUUCUAAAUCAUUUUUGCUGUUCCCAAGAAUGUACAGUGGAAUCCCGUUACUAAGACCACCUUCGGGCCAUGGAAAUUUGGUCGUAUUAACGGGGUGGUCGUAAAUUAUGGUGCAAAAUGCUUUUAAACUACAUUCUACUACAUUUAUACCUUUAAUCCGCUAUAAAUCAACCAACCUUUUGGCAGUUAAUAAAACAACCUUACAACCGCUAUUCAAUGCAAGUCAACAAUGUAACAGUAAACGAAACCGAGUAAUGAGAAAAAACACUGACUUCUUUCAGUUUAAUUUUCUUGUUUUCAAAGGAAGGGGCUUGUGAAAUGUGGGGGAGGAUACGGGAUGGAAAUCCCAUGCGUUUACAAGUUUACUGGACAGCCAAGAAAGGUUGAUGUGCUUAACAAAUUAUUAGACAUUCCAAAUAACCAAUCUGUGAGAAAAGAACAGGAAAUGGACUCGAAGAGAAAAGCCACAGUGGAAGGCAGCAGAAACAAGAAGGCAAAAUAACUUUGAGAGCCUCGAAAUUCUGCAAAGUGAAGUCUUUCAGAUCUUUUGUAUUAUUUAUUCAUGCAUUCUUUUUACUGAACAAAACAUCCAAUAAAAUAUUAGUAAUGCGUUAUUGUUGUCAGAUUGUGUCUGUUUUCAUUCAGCAGCCCCACCAAGCAUUUUGACUGGUCGUAUUAACGGGGUAAUUUGUAAAGAAAAUAACGACUUAGGGCUCCCAAAGGUGGUCGUUGGUGGUAAUAACGGGGUGGUCGGAUUAACGGGGUUUUCAGAUAAGAAAAUGGGUGGGCUUGUGUUCGGGCCACAAAAAAGUAGUCGUAAUAACGGGGUGGUCGUAUUGACGGGGUGGUCGUAUGGCGGGGUUCCACUGUAUGCAAAAUCAUUGCUUUAUACAAAGCUGUCUCUAAAAUGUGAUUUUCCGUAACAGUAACCAAUGUCAUUUACGUAAGGUUUUAAUAAAACUAGCAAUGUACAAUUUUUAGCGUUUUCCACUUAUAAGCCUGACAUACAAUUGUCAAGUGUUAUCCUCCUCUGCCUUCGGCCUCUGUGAAUAACACCCUCCUCGAUCUGCUUAAUUCUUCAUAUCCUACUCAGCCUCAUUCAUUAAUUAUUGCUAAAUGAACAACGAAACAGUUAGCGCGAUAAAUGAGUAAUAUACUAUCUCGUUCUUUAACUUCGUCGUUUUCUCUCGUAUAACCAGCCUGAAGACAUGACGCAAAUUCGUUAAUGAAUUUCUUGGAAUUCAUUUCUUAUCAGGCAUUUGACAACUUUCUCGCCAAGAAGUUCCCAACGGUAAAGCGAUAUGGUGGCGAAGGAGCAGAAAGCAUGAUGGCGUUUUUUGAUGAACUCUUUCUUCAGUCCUCGCACUGUGAGUUUGAUGUAAUUAUAAUUAAUUAUGUUAAUGUAUUAUUAUUAAUAUUUGUCAAAUUAAGGAUCAGGUUUGUGGUCUGUCUUGACGUGCUCUGUCUACAGUUGUUGCAUAAUGGUGGAUUUCCAAUGCCGCGUAAUAUUAACGUGCGCGAAGAAAAUUUACGUGCGCAAAUAAGAUAGAGACAAAGGUCGCGCGUAAACGUGAAAGUUGGGCAAGGUUCAACUUGAACUUUCGCACGCAACCUUUCAUACAUCUGUAUUGUCUCUUACAUUUACUUGCGUACGCACGUAAAAAUACGGUUCAUGUCAACUCGCUGGCUAGUCUGGAUCGAAGGGUCCAAAUUCACUGGCCGAGUUGAACAGCGAGGGUGCAUUAUCGUGAUCGAGUUUGAACAGGGGGGACAGGGGGGGGGGAUUGGGGCUCCUUAAUCCGCUAGCUAGUAUAAUUUGGAUGUGGAAGACCAAAUAUUGAAUAUUCCAAAUCCGCCCGGACUCUGGAACCGAAUUUGAAAGUUGGUGGUUCAAAGGAUAGCUACUAUCGACACUCAGUAAGUAAAAGACUGCCAACUAAACUAGAAGAUCAUUGCUAGCUUUAUCUCUUUCUUUAUCAAGAAAUUAAACAAUCCUACUCCGAAGAUUUCUUUUAUUAUUGUUGUUUUAUCGUUUCGCAGGUGAAAUUCAAGAGAUGAUUUUAGGUAUGCCGCAUCGGGGAAGGCUUAAUCUGCUGACAGGCCUCUUGAAAUAUCCAGCAUCUCAAAUGUUCAACAAGGUAAAUAUUAUUUUGUUUUAGAGGAGCAGCUGAAAUUCUAAGGUUACGGAAAAACUAAAUUGUGAAAGGACAAAAUGCGCUUUUAAUACAAUAUUUUGCUCAGACGAAUCUUUCAUGUAACGAAAUUUCUCUGCUGUAGACCAAGAAAAAGCUGAUCUAUUGACAUUACACGUAAUUUAAUUGCAGUUUAUCGCUUCCGGACGGUUUAGUGAAAAGUCUUGUCACGAACCUUUGUCGAACUUUCUUGAGCAUAAUUUCCAAGCUACCCCUAGCCUCAGUUUCAAAGCGAGGCUAAGUGCGAAGCUAUUGAUAUGAAAGUGAUUUUUUUUCCAUUCUCGUGCAAAUAAAACUUCAGUUUCACAAGAAAGGUUUUGCUCAUAACUUCGUUUUGAAAGUGAGAAAUUUUGGAACUCCGAAAUGGCCUAUUUGGUUAUCAUUUCACAGUGAACAUAAGGAUGUAAUUUAUACUCUUCUUUUUGUAGAUGAAAGGCAAUUCUGAACUUCCUCCUGGCGCGCAAGGCAUUGGAGAUGUUCUGUCACAUCUUAGUACGUAAUACCGGUGUAUCAUUUACGGAUUACAUCCCAGUGAACGUUCAGUUUGUCAGUUUAAUUUGAUGCCUAGACAUUAAGACUAAAUGAUUUCAGGAAACAUGGCGCAGCCUAACUUUUCAAACCGCCUUCAGGUUGAAUGAGUGGAUUUCAGAUGAAACUUUCCGUACACUUGUAAGGUGGCUUCUAAAUAAAUUUGCUUUGUUUUAAUUGUGUUCGAGAAGUCCAAUUUGAUGAUUAACGGUCAAACCGGCACUCCUUAAAAAAAAAUACUAGUCGAGGGUUAUUUUUGGACAAUUCAAAGUCUGGUGUUUUUCUGUUUGGUGUUUUAACUUGUUUUGUAUCAUCUCUUGACCAAGGCAGGAUUAGCUCAAUCGGUAAAGCGCUUGACUGCUGAGCGGGAGGUCGUGGGUUCGAUCCUCGGGGCCGGACUAAUACCCAGGGUCUUAAAAUAACUGAGAAAUGAAGGAAUUACCUUUGCCAUUCGUGCAAACCGCUAGACCUUCGCGUGGCUUGCAUGACCUCAAAAAAUGGUGAUCCCAUCUCCCUUGGGAGACUUAAAAAUAUUGUCCUCAAUUUGAACUCUCGUGCUAAAUACAUUAACAGUCAAAUAAAGUGCAUUUUUUUGUCUCAAUGCAGCCAGUUCCGUGGAUCUUCACUAUGGUCACACACGGCCCUUGCAUGUCACCAUGCUGCCCAAUCCAUCCCAUCUGGAAGCUGUUGAUCCUGUUGUAGUAGGAAAAGCCAGAGGAAGGCAAUUGACCCUGAAAGAUGGUUGCUAUAGUGAUCGACAUGACUGCCAAACAGGUGACAAGGUUGGUUCUCGAAAGUGUUUUUUUUUUUUUUUUGCAGUAGUGGCAAUUACUCAAUUGGACGUCCUUCCAACCGGGAAGUGGAGUGGGGGAGUGAUUUCAGUGAAUGAUCAUUCACGUGAUUUAGUGAGGUACAACGUAGAUACCAAUUCGCGGCUGAGAGAAAGCCCCUGAAAAAAAUUACGGGGCGGCCAAAGUGGCUAUUAGAAGCGCCAUUAGGACUGCGUUCUUCAGCCGCAACAAAUUAUCUACAACUUUGAAGCAUAUUGUGAUUAUACAGCUGCAAAAAAGCACUGACAUGCAUUCUUUACUUUCCUCAAGGUUCUUAGUGUUAUGGCGCACGGAGACGCUUCAUUUUCCGCUCAGGUAAGAUUUCAGCAGCGACUAAUUGUGGAGAGAAUUAAAACCCCGAUUGUGCAGCUGAUAGCGCGGUUUAUGGAGCAGUUUUCAAUUCAUUGUUUAAAACUCCAUCCAAUCUAACUACUCUUAACUUUCACAGCAGACGUUUGCGUUCUAAUAAG